UUGAACAUAUCACGAAUCGGCCACACCAACCUAUUUAAUACUUCCGAUGGCGAUGGGAGUAUCUUAGGCGAUCUCGCUAACGACAUCCAGGGGGACAUCAAUAACCUCAUUAGCGAUGUAGGGUCUAAUAUUGCUAACGCCCUAGAUUUACCUGAUUUCUUCCUAAUAUAUCUCACGGGAUACUGCAAAGGUAUGUAUAGACCUAAUGCAACUAUAUUGGACCCAACGAACGAGAUUAUCGGCUGCUCCAACCACACAGCACUAUUUCACUUUAAACCGACUGCGAUCACUGAUUCCUAUUUUCCAAAUAGUACUACACUGGAAGAUCUUCAUUAGCCGACUGGGAUCGAGGAUACAGAGCGUGCACUCAACGUGGCUGGCAUGGCAAUGAGUAUGUUUUAUAUCAUCGGUAUCAUAUCUGAAAGUGUAGCAAAUUUUCGCUUCCUUCUGGACGAUAUGUUUUAAUGUGCGUUUUCCCGGAUGCUUUACUCUAGGGGCUCUUUCGCUUACAUUUGUGGCAACCAGUGUUUGAUCCGUUAUUUCAACUAUAAUCAUCACGAAAGCCGUCGACGUUAUUAGUAAAUUUGGGGACAGCAUCGGCAUUGGAGCAGAUAAAGGACCUAUGUUCUUCGGCAUGACAUGGGCGGCAGUGGCUGCCAUACUCCUUGCAACUAUAUUAUCGAUU